AUGCAGGCCAUCAAGGACCUCGACGCCGACCAGGCCAUCAUCGACACCUCGCCAGCCGACGACGGCGUAAGCGUCGAGGACACCUAUGUCCGAGAUAGGGUCCUCUCAAAGAAGCCGUAAGAGCGAAAGCACAUAACAGACAGACAGACAGAGGGAGGAUAUAGACGAGUGGAGGCAACGCAUGCCUGUGUGCGGUUCGUCUCCUGUCACAGGCUCAGCAAGGUUUGCACCGCGAUCCAUCGCCACACCCACGAGGUGUGCAUCGUCAAGUCCAUGAGAAAUCGCGGCAAACCGUGAGCGAGAAGGAAGAUGGCCAGCCUCUCUCCAGAUGGAUUUCUGUGUUGUUUGUGUGCUGUGCAGUUUGGAGGUAGAGCGCCACCACGCCUACAGGACCCUCCUGCGGCGCGGCCACCUCAACAUCGUCAAGCUCUACGCCGUCAGCAUCGACAACACCAACGGCAGGGAGUGGCUCAAUGUGGCCAUGGAGCGGCUGGACGGCAUCUCCCUCGAGUGCCUCCUCAACCUGCACGACGAGGUCGGGCUGCCGGAGGGCGACGCCAGGAGGGUGAUGCGGGAGAUCCUGAUGGCCAUCCAACAUCUCCACGCCCACCGCGUACGCAGGCAAUCACAGAUACGUGUGAAUCGACACAGACAGAUACACAACACACGCGCCUGUUUGUCUGUUUUUCUGUCUGCAUCUCAUUACUUCCUGGCAGAUCAUCCACCGCGACAUCAAGGUAGGUCAGUUGUUUCCUUUCUGUCGACAUUGGCAGGCUUUUUGUCUGCAUUUCUUGUGAUGGUCUCUGUUUUGUUGUCAGCCCGACAACUGCGUGUUCGCCGCCGGCAGCCAGCAGCUGAAGCUGCUGGACUUCGACCUGUGCACGCGGCCGACAGUGGACCUGGGGGAGGGGGAGUUGCGAGUCGGCACUCGGCCUUACAUGGUCGGUGGGUCGGUGGGUGGACGGGUGGGUGGGUGGAACAGUGAGUGCAGUCUCCUAUUGAUUCCCCUCAUGGUGUGUUGUGCUUCCGCAGGUACCGGAGUGCUUCAAGGAUGGCCUCUACAGCACCAAGAGCGAUCUGUGGGCGGCUGGGGUCAUCCUGUAGGCGGGGCGGGCAAAGCUCACGGCCUCAGUUGGAACACACAGAUGGGUGGGUGGUUGGCUGUAUGUAUCUCUCUUGGCUUUUUCCUUUCUAUGUGUGCAUCAGCUAUGCCAUGAUAUACGACGGCUGGCCGACCGACGUCCCCGACGACGCUGAGAACGACGAGGCCUACGACACAAUUCAGAAGGUACGCUGCGGAUGGAUAGACGGAGGUACAUUCCUCUUACGUGAGUGCUACUUAGACUAAGGCAUCACUCACGGACGUGUGUGUGCUGCCAACCCCUAGGCGGCGCCCAAAAUGUUCACAGCGGCUUCACGGGAUCUCACUCGACUGCUUCUUGAAGGUGGAGGACGAGGCGGGUGUGCCGGAGGGCGACGCCAAGAGGGUCAUGCGGGAGAUCCUCAUGGCCAUGCAGCACCUCCACGCCCACCACGUACGCAGUCGCAUGCAUAUCAGUCGACACACCAUGCGCACGUUGUUUGUCUGUCCAUGCGUUUGUUUGUUUCUCGCUGUGUGUUGGCAGAUUGUCCACCGCGACAUCAAGGUGAGCUCUUCCCUCCCUUCUGUCAAAUCAGCAUCGGCAGGUUUGUCGCCGACAUACAUUUGUUGUGGUGGGCUCUGCUUUGUUGUCAGCCGGAGAACCUGGUGUUCGCGACCGGCGACCAGGGGCUCAAGCUGCUCGACUUCGACCAAUCUACGCGGCCGACUGUGGACCUGGGGGAGGGGGACUUCCGAGUCGGCUCACGCCCACAUAUGGUGAGUGGGUUGGAGGGCCUGCAGUGCAGUGCAGUCCUCUCUUUCAUUGUCCUUGUUGUGCCACGCGCCGGAGUGCUUCAAGAAGGGCGAGUACAGCACCAAGAGCGACCUCUGGGCGGCCGGGGUGAUCCUGUAAGCGGCCCGGGCAAUGCUCAUGGCCUCACUUUGAACGCACAGAGAUGCAUGACUGGAUGGCUGUAUGUUCUUUCUGGCCUUCUGUCUUUCUUUCUGUGGUGUGUGCAUCAGCUACGAGAUGCUCAAUGGAGACUGGCCAGCCGACUUGCCUGACGACGUCGAGAACGACGAGGCGUACGACAUUAUCAAAAAGGUACGCUGCGCACCGACGGUUGGCCACUUGUUCGGUCCUCUUAUGUGAGCGCUACUUGGAUUAACGCACCACUAACAGACGCGCGUGUGUUGUCUAUCCAUAGGCGUCGACCGAGAUGUUCACCUACGACACCGUUCGGGACGUUAGCCCCGCCGCCAUCGACCUGGCCAAGCAGCCGCUCAAAGAUGGACCCCUCUGAGCGGCUGUCGUCGGGUCAGCUCCGUGUCUUAUGUGUAUGUGUAUGUGUGUUUGACUGACGGAUGCCCACUCACGUGUGUCUCUCUGUCUGUUUGCGUGCAGCUGAGGCGGCGCUGAGGCAUCCGUGGUUCACCGCCGAGGAGGGAGAAGGUGCGUAUACACACCAGUGUCUUUUUUUCAAUCAAAAACACAUCCGUGCGUGUGUGUGUGUGUGUGUGUGUAUUAUGUGGCCAGCCGCCCAGGAGCUGAGCGACGAGGAGGGCGAUGAUGGUGAGCGGGCACCCGAGGCCACCCAGCCACCACCCCUACCACCGACAGCAGCAGCAGCCGCAGACGCCCCGCUCUCCACGCCCCACACCCACAUCAGCGGCACCCAGCCGCUCGUCGUCAGCCCCGCCCCGUCCACACAGCCCUCCUCACACCCCCUCCCGCCCGCGAAGCCGACCUCACCGCCCCCGGCACUCCCUCAGGAUGUCAUCGGUGGCCUCUACACCCGCACCAACUUCUUCCACAAGGACACCACGAGCGGCAGAUUGGUCUCGGUGAGGACCGAGCUCGUCAGGCCCCCGGUGAUGAUGCCGGUGCUGCGUCGCAUGGAUCCGGCGACGAGCCGUCUGAGAGGCUGUCAUCAGGUCAGUUCCUGUGUGUGUGUGUGUGUGUGUGCAUGUGUCUUUGACCGAUGCCCACUCACGUGUGUCUGUUUGUUUCCGUGCAGCUGAGGAGGCGUUGAGACAUGGGUGGUCCCCCACCGAAGAAGAGACAGCAGGUACGCAUUCGCAUCCGUGUGUGUGUGUCACGAAAGGUCGCAGUCGGGUCAGUUCCGUGUGUGUGCAUCGGUCAGAAAAGCUUCCCAUCGCUGCCUCCAUUUUAUAUUUGACUGACCCCUAUAUCCACGACCUGCGGCACUCAUAUGUGAGUAUGUGGCUAUGCGUGGUCGACGUUGUCGACGUGGAGAUCUCACGAAGCCCGUAGCAGUGAAUGAGAGGGUCUGUCUGGUGUGAGCCCUGCCGCCAUCGACCUGGCCAAGCAGCUCCCCAAGCUCGACCCGUCCGAGAGCCUGCCGUCAGGUCAGCUCCGUGUAUGUGUGUGUGUGUGUGUGUAUGCGUCUUUGACCGAUGCCCACUCAUGUGUGUCUUUCUGUCUGUUUACGUGCCUGCAGCCGAGGCCGCGUUGAGGCAUCCAUGGUUCGCCACCGAGGAGGAGGGGGCAGGUGCGCACACACAGCUGUGUGUAUGUGUGUAUAAUCACCCUGACGAAAGGUCGCAGCUCGGGUGAGUUUUGUGAGUGUACCGGUCAGAAAAGCUCCCCAAUCGCUGCCUUCAUUUUAUAUUUGACUGAAUCCUAUAUCCACGACUUGCGGCGCACACGUAUGUGAGUGCCUGGUCAGUCAUCAGCGUCGAGGUGAGCAAGGGUGGGAAGAGGGACAAGGGAAGGAGGCGCGAUCUGUGUACCGGCAGCAGUAGCAGCAGUGAGAAAGAACCCAACGUCUGCUGCUAUCGAUGGUGUUGGGUGCGUGUUGUGUUGUGUUGCCUGCCCUCUUCAUCAGGUGACUCAGAGUGCCACUGUCGAGGAGCGACGGCCCCCCACCACACAUGAGGGAGACGAGGAGACCGUCCUCACACUGCCGGAGCGCGUCCUCACGGCAGAGCGAGAAUCCGAGCAGCGAGAGACGGCUUUGGCGAAGCUCCUGUCCGUCAUCGACGAGUAUCCGGACCACAUAGCUCCAUACGACAGGCAAAGGGUCAAGGUGCGAACUGGGGAGGGAGGGAGCGAGGGAUUGAUGUCAGAAAUGUUUGCUGAUUGUGUGUGUGUAUGUGGCUGCAGGAAGCGUUGGGUGCGGAGGGCAUCCACAUCCGCCCUGGAACGCCGUCUGACUACCCGUCCAGCCAGCCGUCGUUGGACAAUCGCUGCGUACAUUUUAUAUCGUGUCGUGAUGUGAUGAUUAACAUACAGACGGGGUACAUACUGGCAAGGUUCACUCAAUUGAGAGACACGCGCGGUAUGUGUGUUCAGGUGGACGACCCAAUGGGGGAGGAGCGUCGACACCAACAGAAGGCCAUUUGGUCCUUCAACGAGAUCGACGUCUUCGAGGCCACACUGGGGACACACCCCAUUCAACAGGUGCUGCCCGCCAACCCCAGGUUUCAACGACUUUCAGAGGCCAUAGGAACCAAGACCACAGACGAAUGCAUAGUGAGUGCACACCACAGGAUAGCACAACACGACACAGACACACACCCCAUCUCUCUCAUCUCUCUCACGGGUAUGCUUUGUGUGGGCUGUGCCGACAGGAAUUCUACUACACGUUCAAACACGGCCUGUCUUUCAAGGACAUCGAAGGCGCCAACCGAAAAAGAAAGACCCGGAUACGAAAGGUAAGUUGGAGAGGGAGGAGAAGAGCGACAGGCAUGUGGCGUGUGACUUUCUCUGUGUCAGAUAAAAGACAAGGUCGACAAGCUGGCCACGUCGCUGGGGGUUGAGCCGCCACAGCCCCGCAGCGGCCAUGUAAGCAAGCAACACACCCUUACUUUUUAUGUAUCCAUGUAUCUAUUCCCCUGUCAGCAGCUGAGAGGGAGACCGCUGUCGGUCUCCUUUUGUCCAAGUUCCCGGGCCUGA